AUGCUCGACCUUAACGAUUUCAUUACCGAGCGCGGUGGCGAUCCUAAGAAGAUCAAGGAGAGCCAGCGCCGACGUGGUGCGCCUGAGGAGGUAGUUGACGAAGUCAUUGCGCUGUACGAGGAGGCUCGCAAGGUUCGCUAUGGAGUCACCCAAAUCGGAUCCCAAAUGAACGCCCUUCUUAAGCAGAUUGGCAUGAAGAAGAAGAACAAGGAGGAUGCCAGCGACCUGAUUGCCGAGAAGACAAUUAUGGACAAGAGUAAGAAGGAGGCCGAGGACAAGGCUAUCGCGGUUGAGAACGAGCGCGACCGCAAGAUCCGCACCAUCGGAAACUACGUCCACGAUUCGGUUCCCGUUAGCCAGACUGAGGACGACAACCCAAUCGUCAAGACCUGGAAGCCCGAAGACGCAGCCAUGGACCGACCCGAUUGCCUCUCCCACCACGAAGUCCUAACCCGCCUGGACGGCUACGACCCCGAGCGCGGCGUGAAGAUCGUCGGACACCGUGGAUACUGUCUGACCGGCUAUGGUCUCUUCCUGAACCUGGCUCUGGUCAACUAUGGAUUGGAGUUCCUGUUCAACAAGGGCUACACGCCCAACCAACCCCCGCAGUUCAUGCUCAAGGACCUCAUGGCCAAGACUGCCCAGCUGGAGCAGUUCGAUGAGGAGUUGUACAAGGUUACCGAGGGUGAGGAUAGCUCUACGGAUAAGUACCUCAUUGCUACCUCGGAGCAACCGCUUUCUGCUCUGCACGACGGCGAGUGGUUGCAGGAGAAGGAUCUGCCUAUCAAGUACGCCGGUUACAGCACAUGCUACCGCAAGGAAGCCGGUGCGCACGGCAAGGACGCAUGGGGUAUCUUCCGAGUCCACCAGUUCGAGAAGAUCGAACAAUUCGUCCUGACCAAGCCCGAAGACUCAUGGAAGGCCUUCGACGAUAUGAUGAACACCUCGGAGGAAUUCUACAAGUCCCUGGGUCUACCAUACCAAGUUGUCUCGAUCGUCUCCGGCGCGCUGAACAACGCCGCGGCCAAGAAGUACGAUCUGGAAGCGUGGUUCCCCUUCCAGAAGGAAUACAAGGAGCUCGUCUCCUGCUCCAACUGCCUGGACUACCAGUCCCGGGCACUGGAGAUCCGAUUCGGUCAGAAGAAGGCCACGGAUCUGAAGAAGACCUACGUGCACGCGCUGAAUGCUACUCUCUGCGCCACUGAGCGUACUCUUUGCUGUGUUCUGGAGAACUACCAGAGGGAAGAUGGUAUUGUGGUUCCUGAGGUUCUGCGCAAGUAUAUUCCCGGACAGCCGGAGUUCUUGCCUUACACUAAGGAGUUGCCUAAGGAUACUACCUCUGCGCGUGUUAAGGCCAAGCAGCAAGCGAAGGCUGGAGCUGCUGAUGAGGCGGCUAAGAAGAUGAAGGAUCUUCAGGUUUAA